AUGCACCAGAGCCACGGCCGCCAAGCGCGGGGCGCCUCUCACAGCAACGACGUCGCCGGCAGCGGCACCGUCGGGCCGCCGGCGCCCUUCGUCUCCGCGCUCCCCGUCCCCGACGACCCGCUCGACGGCGUCAUGCAGUGCCUCGGCGACGGCGCGGAGGAUGGCCUCGCCGGCGGCGCGUGGUUCGACGACUUCCGCGGCGGGAGCAUGGACAUGUGGACGAGCGCCGGGGUGGAUAAUCUGGAAAUGCUGCUGGGGGACCUCCCAGACUUGGAGACGACAACGUCCGUCGACAUCGCUAUCCACGGCGCCACGGGAACGACCCCGACGCCGCCAGGAACCAAAGCUGCCACCACCGACAGGCCAGCCGUGGCGACGAACCGCUCGUCGUUCAGGAACCGCAUGGACGAGGACGAGGACGACCUGUAUGCAAUGUCGUCGAGCGACUCCUCGUCAGAUGACGACGACGAUGACGCCCACUGGAACCCAUCGGAGUGCAGGAGGAGUGACGGCGCGAAACGCCGGCCGCAGAAGCACCAGAGCGGCCCCGCGGCAGAGAGGAGGCAGCAAACAGAAACCGUCGUGCGGCCGGUGGUGCCGCGCGGCGUGGUGCUCACCGUGGAGUCCGGAGACGGUGGCAAGGGCAGGUACUGGUGCCACAACUGCGGCAUCUCGGAGACCCCGCUGUGGCGCGCUGGCCCGGAUGGGCCCAAGACGCUGUGCAACGCGUGCGGUUUGCGGCAUAAGAACAAGCUGGCAGCGCCGCCGACCACUAAGCGCCCGCGGGCGGCGAAACCAAAGAGCGCCAAAAGCAAGAACCACUCCGGCAUGCACUUGGCGGGCGGUGCGACGGUGGUGAGGAAGAAGCGCAGUGCCGCAAAUCGCACUGACUGA